UUAGCAACAACAACAAAAUAAAGCGCCAUAGUUGUUUUUGAAAUUUUAUCAAACUGAAAAAAAAAACACCAAGAAAAUAAAAAAAGGAUUCUCCAGUGAUUUUUCUAUAAAAAUACAAAGUUUAAAACGAAAUUUAUAUAUAAAUGGCUUUAAAACGUGAAGCACGAUCUUUCCUAAUGCCACGGGACCCCAGUAUUGAUCGUAGAUUUCGUCCCUGUCCACAAAAACGUGAGAGACUUUUCAAUGAAAUAGAAGAGGAAGAUGAUUACGAUGAGGGCAGCGAUAGUGACAGCGUGGAAGAUGAAUACUAUGAUACUCGUAGCACCGGUGAAGCUUUGAUAGAAAGUACAGAUUCCAGUGCAGCGGUAGAAACUGGAGCUUUGGUGUAUUUAAGAUUGAAACCUGUGGAAAUGCCUUCUUCAGCCUACUCCAUAUCAGUAGAAGGUAAAGUCCUAAUAACCGGUCCUCCCACCGAGUCGUCUAGCACCAGCAAGAAUAAGAAUUCCAUGGAGAAGCAUUACAGUUUUUCGGAAAUUUUCGAUUCGGAGGUAAGUCAAAGGGAGGUGUAUGAAAAAUGCAUAGGGGAAAAAAUAUUGGCCGAGGAAAGUUUCACCGUCUUAACCUAUGGUACUUCGGGUUCGGGUAAAACAUUUACCCUGCUAGGUGAUGAUAUGAAACCGGGCAUUAUACCCAGAUCAUUGGAAAAUAUUUUCACUCUCUACCAAGCCAAUAUACAUCCAAAUCCUUUAGCUAAAUUGGUAAAUUCACGCACUACUUUUCUUGAUGAUCAUCUCGUGGAGAAGGAAAACCUGUUGCGCCGUCAAAUACUUGACAAUUGUAAAAAUCUGGAAACAAAUUAUCUACAACUACAGCAUUCCAUACGAAAUGAUCAUCAUUUCGAGACAGUGCCUUUGGAUGAUGUCUCUGUGUUUAUAUGGGUAACAUUUGUGGAGAUCUACAAUGAAUUGGUGUAUGAUUUAUUGGCCCCCAUUAAGUCUACAGGUUCUUUUGCAAACACUGCCAAUACAACACGUAAAAAUUUAAAAAUUGUUUGCAAUGACGGCAAUGUUUUCAUCAAAGGUGUCACCUCCAUUUAUAUAAAAAGCAGUGUGGAGGCCUUGAAACUUUUACGCUCUGGUCUGCAAAAGUUAACCUAUGCCUCUACCUCCAUUAAUGCCAACUCCAGUCGUUCACAUUGUGUAUUUUUCGUGGAUGUUUUAAAAUACUAUCGCACUGGUGUGUACACCGAAACAUCUUACAAAUUUUGCGAUUUAGCUGGUUCAGAACGUUUGGAUAAGACUGGUAAUAUGGGUUCACGUCUCAAGGAGGCACAACGUAUUAAUACCUCCCUAAUGGUACUAGGACGCUGCUUAGAUGCUGCCAAUAAUUUGGCCUCUGCUGGUAGCACCACCUCAACAUUAAAUAAAAAAGAACGCAUACCAUUUAGAGAAUCUAAAUUGACCAUGAUAUUGCAGGCGGCCCUUCAGGGUAAGGAAAAAUUGGCCAUGAUUGUUAAUGUCACACCCGUAGAGAAAUACUACGAAGAGAAUUUGAAUGUGCUCAAUUUUGCUUCCAUAGCCAGUAAUAUAAUAUUCAAAGCUCCGGCUAUUAAACCGAAUCAAUCACGUUACUCUGUAUUUAGUGCCACCCCCGACAAUGGUUACAUACAGCAACUUUUGGAAGAGAAUGCUAACCUGAAAGCCGAUAUUGAAAAACUCAAUAGCCAUAUAGAGCAACAAAACCAACAUAUAGAUCAGCAGGAUCAACAUAUUGAAGCAAUCAUCGAUGAAUCUUAUCAUUUAAAAAAUGAAAUCGAGCGUUUAACCCAUGAACAUGCAGAAGAAUUGUUGAAACAAGAGCAAGAACUGCGCAAUCAAUUGGUUGAUUCAUUUAAAACUACCUUGGAGGAACAUAAAAAACAAUUCGAGUUGCGUAUGCAGCGUGAAAUCGAAAAUCAAAAACGUAUUUAUGAAUCAAGAAUCGAAUUCCUCAAACGGCGACAUCAAGAAGAAUUAGAAGAUUUAAGGGAGGAACUAGAAGAAAAAAACAACUCUGUAGAGAAUAUUGAUGAUGACGAAGUAGUAGAGGUGGAGGAUAAACAUAAUUCGGUGGAAAAUUUAAUUGAAAAUACAGCUGCUGUAAAGGAAAAUGCAGAAAUAAGAGAAAAAAAUAUUCAGAAUGAAGUGUUAGAAGUAAAGCAUAUUGAGGAUGGUAAUGUGGAAGAGUUGGAAGAUAAAGAAAAUAUUCAACAAAACUGACUUCAAAACAAAGCGAUUUUAAUUUGUUUAGUAGUAGUAGUUUAGUAACUAUAAUUUUUUAUUUAAAUUUAGCUAUUCGUCGUACUAAUUUAAUAAAUGUUUUUUUUUGUGUAUUUAUGUAUAAUUGAA